CUUCCACGUUGAUCAGGAAGCAUAGUUGCAGCAGAAUACAGGAAGCAGCAGUUUUGUCAACUAGUUCUUCAACGAACAAAGUCUCUCCACGAUUACAGAGACUUUUCAUGCUUUAAGCUGAAAUGGCAGAGAAAGUUCUGGUCACAGGUGGAGGCGGCUAUAUUGGGAGUCACUGUGUUCUGGAGCUGAUUGAAGCAGGCUUCCAACCCGUGGUGGUGGAUAACUUCAGCAAUGCAGUACGAGGAGAAGGUGACGUGCCAGAAAGUAUACGUCGGAUAGAGAAGCUCCUGAGUACAAGUAUUGAAUUUCAUGAACUGGACCUUCUGGAUCGCUCUGGACUGGAGAAGCUAUUCAAAGAGCAUUCCUUCAGCGCAGUGAUGCACUUUGCUGGUUUGAAGGCCGUCGGGGAGUCGGUGGAGCAGCCGCUACGGUACUACAGGGUCAACCUGACCGCCUCCAUGAACCUCAUUGAGGUGAUGCAGGCUCACAACGUGCACAAUCUGGUCUUCAGCAGCUCAGCCACUGUUUACGGUGACCCCCAACAUUUGCCCAUCGAUGAGCUGCACCCCGUAGGAGGCUGCACCAACCCGUACGGAAAGACCAAGUUCUUCAUCGAGGAAAUGAUCAAGGAUCACUGUCGAGCUGAGAAGAACUGGAACGCUGUGCUGCUGCGCUACUUCAACCCAAUUGGCGCUCAUCCCUCUGGCCAGAUCGGGGAGGAUCCUCAGGGCAUCCCUAACAAUUUACUGCCCUAUGUUGCUCAGGUGGCAGUUGGAAGAAGGGAACACCUGAAUGUGUUUGGCAACGACUAUGACACGGUUGAUGGGACAGGAGUUCGAGAUUACAUCCAUGUGGUGGACCUGGCGAAAGGACACAUCGCCGCUCUGAAGAAGCUGAAGGACAACUGUGGCUGCAAGGUCUAUAACCUGGGAACAGGCCACGGCUACUCAGUGCUGCAGAUGGUGACAGCUAUGGAGAAGGCUUCAGGGAAGAAGAUUCCCUACAAAGUCACGUCACGGAGGGAUGGAGAUGUGGCCUCCUGCUAUGCUAACCCUUGUCUGGCAGAGAAAGAGCUGGCCUGGAAGGCUCAAUAUAACCUGGAAGUGAUGUGUGCGGAUCUGUGGCGCUGGCAGUCCAAGAACCCGACGGGAUUUUCCCCCGAAACACACUCUUGACCUCACGAGUCUGAACUGCAACAUGGGGCCAAAGCUAAUAUUUCCAUUUGACACUAAGAGAAACCUCUUUUCUUUAUACUUGAAUUGAUUUGACAUUGAUUUUAACUCACUGUGCUGAAUCCAGAAAAUCAUAUCAAACUUGGAUUUAAAUAAGGCAGUGAACUGUAGUCCUGCACAGCUACUUUUUAAAGAGCUCACAGAUCAGAAGGUGCAAUUGCAGGAUUUCUGUGAUUGUCACAUCAUGUACUAAGGGAAUUUUAAUUCAGUGUCUUUUAAUGAAUCGUGUUGUUUGAUAUCCAAGAUACCUGGGUUUUGGUGAUGUAUGGUGUGGAUGCUGCAUCAAUGAACUGUAACCAGAAGUUAAACGAUUUUGUGUCUGAUGACACAGCAGAUCCUCUGUUUAAGCUGUAAGGAAUUGAAGUUGUUCAAGAAGUCUGAAAAUACCUGUUAGAGGAGCUACACCAAAUACUGAGUCAAAGAAAUAAACUGCAAUACAAAGUCAUAAGGAUGUCUCACCUGCAUUUAAUGAACCGUAAAAGCAGUUCUCAAAGUAAUUUUGUGAAUUUACAUUUUAAUACAGGUGGGAAAUGUUUAAAUAAUGAGUCAAAUAAUAGUAAAAUAAUUCAUUAAAUAAACUUUUUUUAUUCAUCUAUUUUCUUCAACUAGUCUGAGGUCUGGUCGUGGGGGCAGCUGCAGAUGCAAAGAGGCCCGGCUCUCACCCUCAGUGUAACCCUCCACCACCUCUUCCAAGAGAACACUGAGGGGUUCCACCCCCUAGUCACCUCUCUAUAGAGGUGACCUGAGCCGAGGCGUCUCUCAAUGUUGAGGAGCAGCAGUUCUACUCCAAGCCUCUCCCGGUUGCCCCACCCUGUCUCUGAGCAGAGUCCAGGUGCCCUUUUUUUAAAAGAAGUCUUUUGAUCUACCACAAUGAAUAAGAGUGAAUGACAGAAAAAAUAUUUUUAUAAAGAUAUUCUAAUGCACUUCACUGAAUAUUAAAGUAUCUUUUCAUUUAAAUAUCCAUAUUAACAUCCACAGUUGCAGUUAACUGUUGUGUACAGUGGGCUUUUAUCUUCGACUUCCUCAUACAGCUGUGAAAGUGUCAUUUCCUGUU